AUGACGGAAGUAGAACAGCCAAAGGAAUCAACAACACAAUGCCCCGGAAGGCUCAUAGUACAAUAUCUUCAAGAGAACAAAGAUGGAGCUACCGCUAAUCAGAUAUUACAGCAUCUACAAAACGACCACGGUCAGCAAUCUUCUAGCGAGUUGAGCAAAACGGUGGAAUCGAUCUUAGAGAACGGAACAGCUCUUGGAUUCCUCGAGAGGAAGGGAUCUCGUUUUAUGAAUUGGAUUGCGAGAGAGAUGUGUUGCAAACGAAGACGCAGAAGUAGGUGCAAACGACGGCGUAGACGAUGCAGCCGAAGACGUCGGAGUAGGCGUCGGCGACGUCGCUGUCGCUGUUGA